GAGACAAAAUAACUGAUAAACUACGUAAUAAUAUAAUCUGCUUGGAUCGUGCUUGAUUAACAUCAUGAAAUAGGUUACAAAACAUUACUAUUAUAUCCAUAAUAAAGUGUACGUGAGAUCAAAUUGUAACAAUGGAAUGUUUUAAUAAAACAAAGGGCUACUUCGAACUUAUUUAACGUCAUUAUUGAAGUAACUAUUCAGUGCAGACGGCAUUUCGUAAUACAAAAUCAAUUGAACAAAAUAAUGUUACUCUUCGAAUUAAUAUCUAAGAUAAUUAUCGUUGUUAUAUCUGUACUUCCAAUGAAAUUAUGUAAUGAAACCUUAAGGAGAACUGCACCAGUACCAAGUGUGGAGGUAAUUGUAAAAGAUGAGAGACUUCUCAGGGCAAUUUGUCCUCACUUUAAAAAUGUAGGUGAAAUAAAUCUGGACGGAAUGGUGGGCUUGUGGCGGCCUGUUUAUUACCAAGUGUCUUAUAACGUGCCUUGCCAUGAUAUGCUCAUAAGAAAAGUUACUUCCAAGGAGAAAAAUCAAAACAAUGAAAAGUAUGGGGAUUUUAAUGGAACAGUCAUAUGGGAUGAUUGCAAUCUUGAAAUUAAAACGAGCGAUUCUUCUCGGAAACAUUUUUUGCAAGGAUGCCAUAAAGGUUUAGGUGUUCUUGAGAAUAUAGCCGUCGAGCUAACAGAAUUCCACAAUCAAAAAAUGUUUAUAGAUAAAACUCCUACCCUUAUCGAUGAGACUGCAGACCAGUGGCUUGUGAUGGAAAAUUUGCUCCUCAUGAAAGAUUGUGUGUCUGGGAAAAUUGUUAUCUUCUCCAGAAAUUCUUAUCAGCCCAAACUACAUGAGGUGAAGAAAGCUAUCAGAGGAUUUGGUACCAAUGGCGAUGGUGAUUGGGCAUGCCGCGAAACUAAGCGAACAGGAGAACCUCAAGCUUUUGAUGGUGAAUAUGAGUCUGAUAGUGAUGUCAUAUUUUUUGAAUGAAUAUUUUCUACUUUUCUAUAUAUUUCAAUAAGAUAUAGCUCGAAAUUUGUUGUGUCACUAUAGUAUAUUUUUUGAAAAAGUGUCUAUAAUAUUAUUGAAAAAAAAUUGUCAAAGAUAAAAUAAAAAUACUAAAAAUUUCGUAAUCUUUCUGUCACCUUAUGCAAAUUUAAUAUAACCGUUGCUUCUAAUGUGGCCCAAGAUUUUUAUUUUGAUAACUAUGUGUGGUAAGAAGGUCUCGUCUUGAUUGUUUCUGACUAUGCAGCGUUGGUGGUUAAGAAAAUUGUACGUUUGGGAAUAAAAUGCAGGAGAGUUGUUGUUUUGUUAUAGCGAUAAUUACUGUUCCUCCAAUCUUUGUACAAUUAUUACUGGAGCAUAAAACUUGUUUCUUGUUUUGCGUUCGUGUAUGUUUUUAUUCAUCAAAUAUUUUUUUAAACUAUGAAGACAUAUGAGAUGAAAAAAUUAAUUAAUUGUUU